AUGAAGACCUCCCAUGUUCUUAGUGUCUUGGCAGCCCUUUGCCACUCCGCCUUCGGUCUUGAGGAGGGGAGUUAUACAAUCGGAUCUAGUCUCGGAAGCAAUGAAGUCUUGACCCAGAGCGGGAUCGGCGAGGCUCUGACAUUCUAUGCCAAGCGGGAUCGUGGAUUUUCCCAAACUUGGCGCUUCACUCCAAGCAGCGACAGCCACCGUGAUUUCCUGAUUGCCGACCCUGCCGGUAGUUUCAUCAACUGUGGUGAUGAACCAGGUUCUCCCUGCAUCGUCGGAUCGGAGAAGGAGGUUUACACCGCCGAGCUUGUUGGUGAUAACAGCUAUCAGCUCGUUGCAAAGAAGUCCGGAUACUUCUUACGCACCGAGGGGGAUGAUUUGCAACUUGCUGAAUGGGAUCAGAGCCCUAACGAGGUGUUCGUAUUGGAGCCGGCUCAAUAG